UCCUCUCUUACUCUCUUAAACAAUUAUAUCAGAAAUUUCUGAAGCUUUUCUAUAGUUUUCUUGAGCCAUGCCUGAGCAGAAAUCUGUGUUGCAAUUGAGUUACCAUGAGGAAAGAAUCAGGAAGAAAGUGUUGGCGACAGUUUCUCGGUUUUCAGGGGUUACUUCGAUAGCAAUGGAUGACAAAACUGGGAAAAUGACGGUAGUUGGAGAAGUUGAUGUACCGAGAAUCGUGAAGAAGCUAAGAAAAAUAUGUGAAGCCGACAUCGUUACCGUUGAAGUUGUUAAACCACCUGAGAAAAAGCCUGAUGAACCAAAGAAACCAGAAGCGCCUGUUACCUAUCCGUUUCCGGUUAACUAUCCGUAUCCAUACCAUUGUUACUAUCAACCAUACUGUAUUUGUAAUUGUGGUGGAUCCACCAAAUAGUACUUGUGCGAUCAUGUAAUUUUCCUAGAUCUCUUUCAGAUAAUACUAGUUAUGUAACAUUUAAUUUUGAUGGAAACUGUAUUUUUGAGUUACUGUAGUAUACAUUUCCCAUAAGAGCUUAUUUU